UUAUUCGUCACAUAGCCUACGCUAACCAUUGGGUUUACACCGUAUCCGUGGCCGGCCAUGCAAUAUCGAGCAUGCUGUUUAGUACUGGCGGAACAUUUGGCGUCUUCGCCCUGUAUGGAACACUAUUCGGGUUCUUUUACGGUAUGCUGCUGGGAGCGUUGUCAAACGUUGUCAUAGAUCUCUUCGGAAUUAAAAAGUUCAACAACAGCUUUGGUUACUUCCUGUUUGCCGAGGGAAUUGGAAAUCUAAUUGGAGCUCCCAUUGCAGGUGCAAUUCAUGAUUACACCAGGAGUUACGUCAUAUCGUUCCUGUGCGCUGGUUCGGCCAGUCUGCUGAGUUCUGCUCUUCUCGUCCUGCUGUAUUUCCUCGACAAAAGAAAAAAACCCGCACCGACCGACGUUGACGGAAAGCAGCGCCACUCUUUAGCAGAUCAUCAGAGAGCUGAGGAACAGUAUCACCCUCGCACGAUGUCUACGCUAACAGCUGAGACUGAGGUAGCUGACGCUCAUAACAUCCAGGUUCCUUGUAACCUUGUCACGCGUAAAUAGUACUAUUUAUUGAUGUGGGCAGUGAUGUUGCACUGAAAAUAAUAUAAAUAGCAUAAUGUGGCCGUAAUUCAAUAUACAUAUACCUAUACUACUGUUUACGCGGAAUAUGAACUGAAUACAACUCGCGUAUCACGCAUAUGUACACCAUGUGUGAAAGAACGACGUGAAAGAAAUAUUUACUACAGAAUAUUGCGAAAAACAUUGUCUAUAUAUGUAAGUUAGAUAACUUAGAACCGUGCUAUCACUCAUUCAUGAAUCUGCACAAUACGUGCACUUGUAUAUUAUGUCACUCGCCUGCCUGAAAGGAAUCAUCCAACGAGCGUUGUAAGGCAUCGAGAAAACUGAUAGAAUCAAAUUAAGUUAAAAAAUGUUGUCUCAUGAUGUAGU